AUAAGUUGCGUAUAUAUAUAAUACCAAAUACAGUUCAAGAAACAGACCACAUAAUUCAGACAAUGAAGCAUCAAAACAAACAACAUUUCAGUCACCACCACAUCCUCAUCCCCCUUGAACCCGACCAAGGCGAGCAAAUCUCAUGCAAAGUCUGCGAGGGCCAGAUCUCCGAGCCAUUCCAUGGCUGCCUUUCAUGCCACUUCUACCUGCACGACCGCUGCACCGAUGCCCCCCGCUCGCUCGACCACCCCUCUCAUCCCGCCCAUCCCCUUACCCUCCUCCCAACCCCAACAUAUCCCACCAGAUCAUUUAUGUGCAACGCAUGUGCGCUUCAUGGCAAAGCCUACAGCUUUAGUUGCGCGUGCUGUGAAUUUGAUCUUCACGUGCAGUGCGCACUCAUGCCCAGUACCAUACUUGUGGAGAACCACCCUCAUGAACUCCAGCUGAUUUUUGAUUCCCCCUGCCAGGACGAAAACACGGAAUUCGAAUGCAAUAUAUGUAAGGAAAUUGUGCAUAAGGAUCAAUGGUUAUUCUAUUGUGGAGCUUGCGAUUUUGGGGGGCACUUAGGCUGCACGACAGACCUCAAGGGGCGUCCCAGGAAAGAUUCAAGAGAAGGUGAAGAAGAUGAAGCGGGACAAGAAGAUGAAGAAGCAAAAGAUCCAAGGCAAGAAUCGGAAAGGAGGAUUUUUGAGGCUGAGAGGAAACUGAGAGAACAAAGGAAUGCUCAUAUGCUGAUGCUUCAGGCACUGGAUAAUGCUGCUGACUAUGUUGGUCCAUCCUACAGUAGAAAAUACUAUUACUACUAAAGGCUGGUCCUCAUCAUGAGCAAAUUUCACCAGUAUGAAGGGAUUCAAAAGCUGUGAUUCUAUGUUUUUCUUUCUAGUUUUUAAUUUCGUGUUGUAAGUUCUGGUGUGUUGUAUUGGGAAUAAGUCCGACUGGUGCAGAUAUGCAACCUACGCAAAUUUCUUACCAAAAUCAAGUUUAGUCGAACUAAACCAAUACACUUAUUAUGUUAAGUGAUUGCUUACUAAUCAUAUAAUUAGUUCAAGUUCGAUCAUAA